AUGGUUGGGGACCAGUUUGCAGAGGCCGGAGAUGAAGUCUGCGGCGCUGUGCUGAGCGUGCGAGGCGGUGAGGAUGUUUUGAGUGUUUGGACGAGGAUUGACGGGGGGCGCAACAUCAAGAUCAGAGAAACGAUCAAGCGCCUGCUUUCUUUUCCGGCAGACACCAACAUCAUCUGGAAGAGCCACGACGACAGUAUUGCACAGCGUUCUGCUAUUGACCAGGCUCGCCACGAUAAGACUGCCACUGGCACCGGCCAUCAAGAACGGCGGCGUACAGGCCAAGAUGACUCGGACAAGGCUAAACCGGCUGUGGGCCCUAUGAACGGAUCCAUGAUCCCAGCCUGGCCUUGGGCCCUGUAUAGGGCGGUGGGGCAUCGAGGCGAACUAAGCGGUUUGAUUUGA